GGUGGGGAUGCAGGGCCGUCUUUCCAGAGGUAGCCAUCCAACCCAGUUCUUUGGAUUGGUCGAUUAGUCAAGGCAGCGAGCAGGGCUGGACAGGAAACGACUCUCUCAUACAAGGCGCAACAAUCCCUGCUCCCCGGGAGAGAUUGGGAGAGGGAACAGAACGACCAAUGUAUCAUUAAGCAAAUGUGAUUUUCUCAGGCAAGUGGUCAGUGAAAAAGAAGAUACCCUCGUCUUCUUAACUGCCACAAAUUUGUGUUUACCGGGACAUCUUGUGGGAUUUUCCCUGUUUUCUCGCGUGCUGAAAGCAUUGUUGUAGUGUUCCCACCAGGAAACAGGAGGAGACUUCAUUGUCGAGCGGUACUGGAUCUUGGAGCAAAAAUCCUGACGUGUGGGUGAGUGUGAGCGAGAGGGUGUGUGAGACGCUGGCAGAAGCACCCGCACCAGAACCAAAGAUGGAGCAGGUGUCUGAUGAUGAGUUGGACCAUGCUGCGGAGGAGGACAGCGAUAAGGAGGACCAGGACCUGGACAAGAUGUUCGGGGCCUGGCUGGGGGAGCUGGACAAGCUGACACAGGUUGGCCCUGCUGAUCCGUCAUUACAGAGCCUGGACGAUGGCCGGCCGCAGAAGAUCCAGAACGCUCCCCUCAGACAGGAGACUAACCUGGCCAACUUCUCGUACCGCUUCUCCAUGUACAACAUCAACGAGGCGCUGAACCAGGGCGAGCCCGUGGACCUGGACGCCCUGAUGGCCGACCUCUGCACCAUCGAGAACGAGCUGAGCACCAUCGGCAAGCCCGGCUCCUCACGCGCCUCCUCCACGAGGCAGAAGGCUGGCGGGCGCGGAGUGGGCAUCGCCGUGGCGACCACGGGCAGCGGGGGAGGAGGAGGAGGCGGCAGCAGCGGCGGCAGCACCAGCAGCAGCACGCGGGCGUCUCCCGCCGGCUCGGUCCGGCAGGGCCGCCCGCUAGCCUCCAACCUGUCGCUGGACGACAUCACGGCGCAGCUGGAGAAGGCCUCGCUCAGCAUGGACGAGGCGGCGCGCCAGACGUCCUCCACCACCUCGUCCUGCUCCUCCUCGUCCUCCUGCUCCUCGUCCACCACCGCCACCAAUGCCACCGCUGCCACGCGCCGGCCCUCGGCCUCCUCGCUGCCCCCCCAGCAGCCGCCGCCACAGCACCGCCGCACGGGGUCCGUGGGAGGGGGCAGCGAGCAGGGCGGCCGCUCGGCCGGACACUCCUCGCGUUCCAGCGCCUCGGCCUCCAGCAUGGACUCGCUGGACAUGGAGAAGGGCCCGCGGGGGGGUCCGGAGAAGGACGAGGCUCCCGGGGCCCCCACCUCACAGGGCACACCGGGCCAGUCCAGCACUGAGCCACCUGCACGAAUUAUUACCCAGCAUGCAUCACAGCGAAGGGCCAAUGGUAGGCCUGCACGGGGGGUCUCCAGACGGCAUCUGGACUUUACAUCCCAGAACGGGGAGGUGGAUUUGUUGGAUCUGGGCACUCACUCGUAUCUGGACAAAGAAACGUCUCUGAUUCUGAAAAGCAUUGCAGGAAAGCCCUCUCACCUGCUGACCAAGGAGGAGCAAGCUGCCAAACUAAAGGCAGAGAAGAUCCGUGUGGCACUGGAAAAGAUCAAAGAGGCUCAGGUGAAAAAGCUGGUGAUCCGGGUGCACUUGUCGGACGAGAGCUCCAAGACCAUGAUGGUGGACGAGCGGCAGACUGUGCGGCAGGUGCUGGACAGCCUGCUGGACAAGUCGCACUGCGGAUACAGCCCAGACUGGGCCCUGGUGGAGACCAUACCGGAGCUGCAGAUGGAGCGCAUCUUCGAGGACCAUGAGAACCUGGUGGAGAACCUUCUGAACUGGACCAGGGACAGUCAGAACAAACUCAUGUUCAUAGAGCGCAUUGAGAAGUACGCCCUGUUCAAGAACCCCCAGAACUACCUGCUGGGGAGGAAGGAGACAUCGGAGAUGGCUGACCGAAACAAAGAGGCCCUGCUAGAGGAGUGUUUCUGCGGCAGCUCGGUCUGUGUCCCCGAGAUCGAGGGUGUGCUGUGGCUAAAGGACGAUGGGAAAAAGUCCUGGAAGAAACGCUACUUCCUGCUGCGUGCAUCCGGCAUCUACUUUGUGCCUAAGGGCAAGGCCAAGGCUUCCAGGGAUUUGGUGUGUUUCCUGCAACUGGACCAUGUGAAUGUGUACUACGGCCAGGACUACCGCAGCAAAUACAAGGCUCCGACUGACUACUGCUUGGCCCUGAAGCACCCCCAAAUUCAGAAGAAAUCUCAGUACAUCAAGUACCUGUGCUGUGAUGAUGUCAGAACCCUCCACCAAUGGGUCAACGGAAUACGUAUCGCUAAGUACGGGAAACAGCUGUAUAUGAACUACCAGGAGGCCAUGAAGCGCACAGAGGCGGCGUACGACUGGGCCUCCCUGUCCAGCUCCAGUAUCAGAUCAGCCUGCAGCUCCGCCAGCAUCCCAGAAUCGCACUCAAACCACUCAAGUGUGACAGACAGCGGCCUGUCUGACGGCACUUCGUCCAGCCAUGCCCGCUCCCAGAGCGUGGUCAGCUCCAUCUUCUCCGAGGCCUGGAAGAGAGGCACCCAGAUGGAGGAGAACAGCCGGAGGUCCGAGUCGAGCCGAGCGUCCAGCAUCUCCCACACCUCUCACACAUCCCACAGCUCUCACUCCCACCACCAGAGUUCACACCCUCCACCUGCCCCCCACACACCCCAGCCCCCUCCGCAAACCCCCCACACACCCCAGCCCCAUCCACCUGCCCCCCACACACCCCAGCCCCAUCCACCCGCCCCCCACACACCCCAGCCCCAUCCACCUGCCCCUCAGGUGCCCCAACCUCAGACUGUGCCCCAGCCGCCACCCGUCUCCCACAUGCCCAAACCACCACCUACCCAUCACAUUCCUCAACCUCCACCUGCCCCCUACGUGCCCCAACCACCACCUGUGCUCCAAAGCCAUCAGCCUCCACCUACCCCACACAUCCCUCAACCUCCACCUGCCCCCCACACCCCUCAACCUCCACCUGCCCCCCACACCCCUCAACCUCCACCUGCCUCCCAUUUGCCUCCAGCUCCACCUGCCCCCCAAGCGCCCCAACCUCCACCUGCCCCACAUGUGCCCCAACCUCCACCUGCCCCCCAGGCACCCCAACCUCCACCUGCUCCACCUGUCGCUCCAACUCCCCCUCAGACACCACCCACUGCAUAUGUCCCUCCACUGCCACCUACCCCUCAAAUCCUUCAGCCUCCUCCUCCACCUCUCCCCACCCUGAGCCCAGCUCCACCCGUGACCCCGGUGGCAUGUGUGCCCUCUCCACCUCCUCCACCUCCUCCUCCUCCACCUCCUCCACCUCCUCCUCCUCCUCUCCCACCUCCCCCCGUGUGCAGCCCCCCCCCGUCGGUGUCCGGCGCCCCCCUGCACCACCACCACUCCAGCAACCCCACGGUCUUCGCCAAGUACAGCACCAUCACGCGCCUGCAGCAGAAAGACAAGCCCCUCCUCCCCGCCCAGGUGCCAAGCCCACCUCCGCAAGCGGCCAAGCCACAGCCCGGCAAGGACAACGGCGCCUGGCCACCGCCGGACACCACCACCACCACCACCCCUCCUCCUCCACCUCCUCCGCCUCCUCCUCCACCACCCCCACCGGCCAGUCUGCCCACUCCAGGCUCGGCCAUGGCGACGCUGAGGCGCGGACCGGCCGCUGGAGCUGCAGUGCCUCAUCCUCCUCCACCGCCGCUGUCGUCGCUGCACAGUAACGGCUUCCCUCCACCCCCUCCGUCCCCCGGUCUCCCGGUGGCGCACGUCCCGCCCAAGCCCUCCAACGGCUUCCAGAGGUUUCCAUCUCCGCCGCCGCCUGACCUCUCGCCCUCGCCCCCUCCCCAGCUCCUGACGCAGUCCGCGCCUCCUCCUCCACCUCCUCCUCCACCUCCCCCUCCCGCACCUCCUGCUCCCCCACUGCCCCCACAGCAGCCCCAUGCUCACACCACACCACCCCCUCCUCCUCCUCCUCCACCACCUCCUCCACCUCCAGCUUCUCUCCAGCAGGUCUUUCCCCCCUCCGCUCCACCCAAAACCUUCCCCUUCCAGAUGGGCCGUAAGCCUCCUGGGAUGGUGGUGCUUCCUACUGCGGUGGCUCCUGGCCCUCCUCCUCCUCCCCCUCCUCCACCUCCUCCUGGACCGCUGGCAUCGGUCCCCGCGAAGACCCAGCCACCCCCCACCCUCCCCAAACAGCACAGCAUCGGCAGGGCAGCCGCCUCCUCUCUGGUCAAGCAACUGGCCAGUCAGUUCCCGGGUGCGGCCGCCACCAAUCACGUGGACAGUGCCAAGGCGCCGCAGUCGCCCCCUACGGUCAAGGCCAAGCCCAAGUGGCAGAGAGGAGGAGUGCAGACCAAGUCGCCAGAGUUCCCUCCACCGCCUCCCGAUAACAGCCUGGGUUUCCCCCCAGCUCCCGGUCCUCCUCCACCCCCACCUCCCCCUCCUCCUCCACCAGCGCCUGGGCCUGGGCCUGGGUUUGGACCGGGCCUGCCUCCUCCUCCACCAGCGCCUGGGCCUGGGCGUGGGUUUGGACCGGGCCUGCCUCCUCCUCCACCAGCGCCAGCGCCUGGGCCUGGGCCUGGGUUUGGACCGGGCCUGCCUCCUCCUCCACCCCUUCCUCCAGCAACCCCCCCCAAAUCUGGGGGCUCGCCCAUGAAGAAAUCGCCGACGGGCGCCGCCAAGAAACCACCGCCGACUCCCCAGCGUAACUCCAGCUUCAAGGCCGACUCGUCUGCGGAGUACAACGAGGCGCGAGCGCGGCUGGAGAACCUGGUCGGCCGUCAGGGUUCCGGCUCCUCGGGGUCGGCCGCCGCCGCCGCUGGCCCCCCCGCGCCACCCAAACCGGGGAAGCUCAACCUGGGCCACCUGCCCCCGGCGCUGCAGGCCAAAGUGGGGAAAGUGGUGACCGACUUCCCCUCUCCACCGCCCCUGGACAACGACUCGUCCUUCCCCCCUCCGCCGAUGGACAACGACCUGCCACCGCCGCCGCCUCUGCCCGCCGACCUUCACGGCAGCGCAUCGCGAGUCGCCGUGGUCAACCCCCAGCCCCAGUCGUCAUCAUCGUCAUCGUCCAGCGGCGGCGGCAACAUCUGGAGUGCCGGGCGGGCUUCCUUGAAGAAGACCCCUCCCCCGACGCUGGCUCGCCGUAGCAACGGCGCCAUCCCCACCGCCAUGGAGGUCCACCGCCCGAUGUCGCCGCCGACUUCCCCCAAGGGUCAGCCCAACUUCAUGGAGGACCUCCACCGGACACUAAGGCGCAAGUCGGGCAGCCGGCAGGGCUCGUUCGGUAGCAGCAGCGGCGGCGAGCCGGCCAUCACGACCACCAUGGACGACAUGGCGCUGCCCCCACCCCCUCCAGAGCUGCUGCUGGACCAGCAGGCCAACGGCAGCAACGGCGGGGGCUACGCAUCAGGAAACAUCUCAGGCUAUGCAACACUGCGGCGAGGACCUCCGCCCGCACCGCCCAAACGGGACAACGGCACCAAACUCACAAACUAGCCCGAAAAAAACACGCCAAGCUGCUCUCAGACUGGCCGCAACACAAAAGGGUUCCAAGACUAUUCAAGACAACCGUCUCAUGUCUCUCCUCUACUGUCCAUCACGAAGGGGACCUCUCAAGGGUUUGCUUCGUGAUGGAUCUGCAUUCCUAACAGUCCAAAAUUAUUAUCGAUCAGUACAUCAACUCUCGAAAGAUGCCAAACCGCCGGACUUUACUUUCCUCUCAUAUCGUCAUGUGAGUUCUGAGCGACGGAUGUCCAGUCUAAGCUCAGACGUGACUUUCCGUCUAUCCGUUGAUCUUGCUGUGUGGCCCUGCCACAGACUGACAUUUCUGGUUGUGUGUGUGAAUGGGAUAAAGGGGUGGGGAGUUUUUGUUUUUAGCCUUUUUUAUAUACGAAAAUUUAUUUAAUAUCUGAAGAGAUUGUGUUAUUUUACUGUUAGGACUGAAUGAUUAGUACUGGACAAAGAUGCCUUUAGAGAUGGUCUGGGGUGGAGAGGUGUAUGUUUGGGAGGUCUUCUCUCACCUUGGGCUAUGUGACUGCAAACUGACCGCAAGUCAGGUCAGACUCGAACCCAGAUGAAUCAUUAAGAACCGCUUUGUUACGUGAUUUCUAGAAUGUUCUCCAAGUUGUAAGCUUGUCUCAUGCUUUUCUGAAGGACUCCCUUUGGUCGACCAUGGAGCACGGAGGAUGAAGGAGAGAUUUUUAGAGGUGCCCUUACCUUGGAUGGUGUGAUAGGAGGAAAGGAAGAAGAAAGGUGGGGUCGUCAUCAGAGGGUGGUGCACACCUUGAGAAGAAUUUGUGAGUUUAAAUCGGCGAAGCCCCGAGAGGAGGUGGACGACCGUAGGUGUUGGAUGUAACCAGGUGUGGGGGUCAGAGUUGUGUUUGUUGCUUUCAAACACUUUGAAUCCGUUUGAUGGAGCUUGUGUGAACUGCCAUAAAAACAGACCUUGGCUAUACUGCUGCCUAUGACACCGCAGGCAAUCUCAAUCAAGCCCGGAGAAGUGCUUUAAUGUUAACAAAUGCUAUUUGUCACUCAUAUUUGGAUGUAAUGUGUGCUGUGAUGGUUUGAGCCUUGUUCUUUUUAAUCUCUUCAUUUCUGUCAUCACUGCAGUUUCUGUCUUUACAAAAUGAGAAAGAAAAAAAAAACAUUUUCCAGCUGCUUGGCCUGCCUGUAACUCUGCCUUCCACUGACUCGACGUUAGGAAUACUUGGACAGGAUAUGUAGGAAUACUUGGACAGGAUGUAGGUUGUUGAAAAUUCAUUGCUUUUGUUAGCCAGCCAGGAGCUACUUCCUACUUACAUGUUGAAGGAGGUCAGUUUGACAAUAAUUGUAAAACUUUUUAAUCUGAAAGUACCGUAAUCCACAAGAGUAGCAUCAGUAUAGUAUUAGCUUUGGGAAAACAUACCAUGGUCACUCUCCAAACCACCAUUGCUGUAGAGGUCCAGAACCCAUGGUCCGAGAAGGGGUGCACCUGUGCUACGCUCCGUCGUGUUUUGGAAGAGGUGAUUUGAAGAAGCACAGCAGAAGUCGCUUUCUCGUCUAUGACCUGGAUCACCGGUGUCUCACCGAGAGCAUCACCAUGAAUGCUUACCACCUGACUGCGAAUAUGUGAUCUGCGUAUAUUCCAUCAGAAGGAUGCCUGUUUUUAAACUCUCUAGCAUAUUUCAAAGUUAUUGCCUAUAUCUGACUGAAUCAAGCAUUACGUUACCGGUAUUGAAGUUUGGAGGCCUAUCUGGGACCAGUAUCGGACAUCUCUAAAAAAAUCAUAUCGGGGAAAAUGAAGUCAUAAUGUCUGCUUUUAAGAUAAAAUCACUAUAUAAAUGCAUUUCAAUGUAAGAUCAAUAUAUAAAUGUCAAAAUCAA